GUUUCCCGUACAGAACUGAUGAUGUCUGGAUGAGGGUCGACUCGUGUACACAUUGCGCUCAUGAUGAAAAUGGGUUACGAACUCGUCGUUCAUUGCCAUUCCGCUCGAGUAAGUUUUGGCUACGUCUCAUACGACCUUGGAAAUGGCGACAUGUAAAAAGGAAAGUGCAAAGAUCCGGUAGCGAGCGAUCGCGAAAGUUGAUGUCCAGCAAAACAUCCGUAUGCCCUCCAUCACCAUCGUUGCCAAAUUUACAUAGUGCAACACAAACUGAUCAAAUUGAAACACUUACGCCUGUGAUUUCGGGUCUUGGUCUUGAUCGUCUCCAUGUUGAUCAAAAAUCCACCACGUGUACUACUGUAGAUAGGCCAACAUCCCUCCCCUCCACUUCUAUCCCGGUUGACCCCACCCCGUCUGGCGUGACCAAUGUCCGCAUUGAUGAUCGACCCCUUGAAAUACCAAGUGAUCACUCGACGAGUAAUGGUCAUACGCAAAAAGGUGAAAAUAGCGAGAUUAGCGAGUCCUUGAACAGCUCUGAAUCAACUAAGACCGAUGGAGAAAGUGCAUACUUUGAUCCAAUGGUUGAAGCAAGUCUUUUAGAGGGUUAUGUAGGUAUUGAAGCUAAGGAGCCAAAUUUGGCUGCCAAACCUGAGAAACCAGUGUUGAAAAAACCUGGCCAACCUCCAAGGUUGCGAAUACGGAAGAGAAAUAAUGAAGCAAAAGCUGCCAAAGGCGAUGCUGUGAUGAAUAGGACUGAUCUACCAACUCGUCUAACCGAUGACAGUGAUAGCGAUAGUCCGAUCGUGUACAGAGACGACGAUGAACCACCUCAUCAUCAUCGACAUCCCGCAGCUGCACCGGCUUUACAUGAAGACGAUGAAGAAGAGGAUGUUCCUAUAAGUGGCUUGGCGGCUAAAGUUCAACGAAAAGAUACACUUGCUUUACGACUCGAUGCACCACCGUGCGUAGAUGAUAUCUCUGGACAAACAGCUGAUGAUCGUCGGACUCUAAUGCACAAGGCAUCGAUAAAACUCGAGAGAAAACUGAGUGAGCGCCCGACAGCUGGAGAGUUAGAAGACAGGAAUAUUCUAAAAAGAGAUGGAAAGACUAUGGAGGAAAAGAGAAAGCUGUUGUUGAGAAAGCUGAGUUUUCGGCCUACCAUAGCGCAGCUGAAAGAACAACAAAUCAUACAGUUCAAUGAUUAUGUUGAAGUGACACAAGCUCAGGUCUAUGAUCGUAAAGCAGAUAAACCAUGGACAAGGCUUACACCGACGGAUAAGGCUCUUAUUCGUAAAGAGCUCAACGACUUCAAAGCUCUUGAGAUGGAUGUGCAUGAAGAAAGCAGGAUAUUUACGAGGUUCCAUCGACCAUGACUGGCAUCAUCAGCGAUUCGACUCAUCAAGCCAAACGGUUGAGUGUUAUGGGGAUUUUUCACUUAUAGCAGCAGCAGGAAGACUGUCUUCGUAUGACAGUUCGCACAGUGAAUUCGUGCGGAUCAAAACACGAAUAUGAUUCAUGUUCCAUGUCAUAAUGAGUACUUUACAUAAUAAUAAAUGACGACCUCAUUAUCUCCCUGUGAUAGAGAUGUUAUAGAGUAAUACCCAUUGCCCCAAUGUUCGAAUUGCUCCUCUAGAUUCAUCAUGUUGCCUUUAAGUUAGUGUAACUUGGCUUCCAAUGCUAAGUGGCGCGUGCUGUCGCGUGCGGCGGCAACAGCAGUCGCGCUACGCGCACGAGCCUUCUGAGCAUCGGAUUUUAUCACUAUCUUGUCAAGUGGUAGAAAACAUCAAAGUUAUAGAAAUAGCUGUAAAUACUAUUCCUGUUCAUCAAAAUAUGUAUCUAUGCUAAACACACAAGUUGGCAUGAUUCAGUUCAUUGUAUAUUUCGUUAUUUAUAUUUUCCAAAAAUUUGGAUUGUGUGUUUUGGGCGAAAUGAACAUAGGACAUAAAUUUGUGUUC